UCUGUACUGGGAAACUCGGGGGCGGGGCUGCAAUGGGGGCCAGCAGUUACUGUUAGAGUUUGGACCAAUCAGCCUUCGAUUCCACUUCUCUUGGCCAGUAGGAAGUGGGUUAGGGCGCAGAGGCGGAAGGUGCGGCUACAUGAGCAGGCGUCAAAGCCAAUCAGCUGUGGAUGUGGUUCCUGUCUGCCAACCAGCAGGGAGAGCGGGUCUGUGGGCGGGAGGCCGGAGCAGCUGUCAGGCUAAAGUCCGGCGAGCUAAGCGCGGCGGGACGGCGGAGGAGACGCGGCGCCCGGCCGGGCCCUGGAGAUGGUCCCCGGCGCCGCGGGCUGGUGGUGUCUCGUGCUCUGGCUCCCCGCGUGCGUCGCAGUCCACGGCUUGCGAAUCCAUGAUUAUUUGUACUUCCAAGUGCUGAGUCCUGGGGACAUUCGAUACAUCUUCACAGCCACACCUGCCAAGGAUUUUGGUGGUAUCUUUCACACGAGGUAUGAGCAGAUUCAUCUUGUUCCUGCUGAACCUCCAGAGGCCUGCGGGGAACUCAGCAACGGUUUCUUUAUCCAGGACCAGAUCGCCCUGGUGGAAAGGGGGGGUUGUUCCUUCCUCUCCAAGACGCGAGUUGUACAAGAGCAUGGUGGUAGAGCCGUGAUCAUCAGUGACAAUGCAGUUGACAACGACAGCUUCUAUGUGGAGAUGAUCCAGGACAGUACCCAGCGGACAGCUGACAUCCCUGCCCUCUUCCUGCUUGGCCGAGAUGGCUACAUGAUCCGCCGCUCCCUGGAACAGCAUGGGCUGCCAUGGGCCAUCAUCUCCAUCCCAGUCAAUGUCACCAGCAUCCCCACCUUUGAGCUGCUGCAACCGCCCUGGACCUUCUGGUAGAAGAGUUAUUCCUGUAUUCCAGCUUGAAGUGACUCUGUGCUGGCGAAAGGAAACCCAGGAAUUUUGCUAUUUGGAGUCUGGGGGUUAGCAUCUGAGGACAAGUGGAAGCCAGGCAGAUGAAAGGAGACUUGGCCAGGCUGAGGAAGGAAGGAAGCCACACCACUCACUGGCUUUCCCUUCCCCAGGGCCUCCAAGGACAUCUCAUGCUAAAGAGACAGGCAAAAGCCAGGCCCCAAAGUCUUCUGGCUAGAAUCAAGCAAAAGGAGCUAAAGGCAGCAGCCUGAAUCAAUCUGACACCUGUCAUACCACCUGCUUCAGCCUCCCCAACCUAGGAUCUCCUCACAGUGACCACAGCAACUGCCGGAGUUGUUUAAGGAACUGGUGUCUGGGGACUCAAACCCUCAUUGACAUUGUAGCAAUAAAGUUUCUCAACAGGGUUG